GGCCAAUGUAAGUACCACCGCGGCAGUGCACCGGCACUAGAGAAGUUAACUCAGACCUCGGCUCGGCUGGCUGCCAGUCUUCGGCGCGUUCGUCCAAGCGGAUGUUGUUGUUGUUAGCCAAGCGCUGCUGCUCGUAGAACAACACGUCUUAUUCAUUUGUAUUUAAUUCGAUCUCAUCUCGAGGCAUUUACAACAAAAUCAUCCGGUACCAAUACAACGAUUGUUUGUGAAUUUGACGGGGAAUAGAAGAGAGUGAGGAAGUGGUUGCUGCAGGAGCCGGAGGCCACGGCCACCAUAGCAACAGAAGACUGUUCGUCAGCAGCGAGGCAAAGAAAGAAGGCAGGUUCCAGAAGCUACCGGGUCGGGUUGGUUGCGGGAUGGUUGCAACAACGUGCGCGCGCCCACGGUAUACUCUAGAGCGGCAGUAGUGCUCAUUGAUGCGAAGUGCAUGUGCGGGCCGCGAUCUCGUUUCGCGGCGCAUCCUUGAACCCUCCGGGCCCGAUGCCUCUGGGGUCACCCCGACAUCUGCCGCAACCGCCGCCGCCGCCAGGACUGGUGACAUGAUGGUGUACCCCGACCCGCAAUGGACAUGCUCGGCCACGGCGCCCAUGCUGCAGCUCUACGACGACGUCGGCUAUCGAGUAAAUGUGGUGGAGGCAUUACAAGAAUUUUGGCAAAUGAAACACGCUCGGGGAGCGGAUUUAAGAAACGGCGCCCUGGUCAUUUACGAAUCGGUACCAUCAAACGCUCAACCCUACGUGUGUUACGUCACACUUCCCGGCGGUUCCUGCUUUGGCAGCUUCCAGAACUGUCCAACGAAGGCAGAGGCAAGAAGGAGCGCCGCCAAAAUAGCUUUAAUGAAUUCGGUUUUUAACGAGCACCCAUCAAGACGCAUUUCGGACGAUUUUAUCGAAAAGGCCGUGUCAGAAGCGAGAACGUCGUUCAAAGGCGAAUCGGAAGAGCCGGACAACCCUAAUACGGGAAUAGGCGCCUUCAGGUUCAUGUUGGAAUCGAACAAAGGCCGAACAAUGCUCGAGUUCCAGGAACUGAUGACAGUGUUCCAACUUUUGCAUUGGAAUGGCAGCUUGAAGGCGAUGAGGGAACGUCAGUGCAGUCGGCAAGAGGUGGUGGCGCAUUACUCGAACAGGGCCCUCGACGAUGACAUGAGGUCUCAGAUGGCUUUGGAUUGGAUAGCCAGGGAGCAGGAGUGCGCUGGAUCGUUGAGAAAGGAAUUGAACCAGGCCGAACGGGAGCUCGAAUCGGCAAGGCUCGCUGGUCGAGAGCUAAGAUUUCCCAAAGAAAAGAAGGAUAUCCUCAUUUUGGCACAUAGUCAAGUCAAUGUUAGUUAACGAUUGAUCGUUACUUAACGAUCUCCCCUCUACACCUUUAGAUAUAUAGGUAACUCUCUAAAUGGUGAACCAAUAUUGUGAAUUUACGUGAUAUAUAAAUAUAAGUGGUUUACAAAAUAUUUUG